AGGUGACAGGCCACCGACAGCAACUAGAAAUUAAGGGGACCCGUACAGAGGCGAGGGGCUUUCGCCAAAAGAGCUCAGCGUCAGCGGGGCAAAGAUGUCCGAUCAAGAUGGCGUUCCCAAAUUCAGCGAUGCCGAGAGCGAGAUCCACUUUUGGAAAGCGAGGGUCAAGGACCUGCAAGACACGCUCAAGGAGACUGAGUCGAGCCUCCAGGACUUCAUGGAUGGCAGCCGGGAGCUCGAGAAAGAGAUGGACAGGGAGAUCAGCGCGGCGCAUGCAAAGACCAACGAGCUGCAGAUCAGGGCCGAGAAGAUGAAGGGGGACGUCGACGAUUGGAAGUCCAAGUACCAGCGGGCUCUCUCGGAUCACAACAAGGCGCUCUCGGAGAUGAACCGCGAGGUGUCUACGCUGCGCGAGUCGCAUAACAUCUACAAGAGCAAGCUGCGCGACAUGGAGCUGGACAAUGACGAGCUCGAGAAUGCCGAGCGCAUGAUUGCCUCUUCGCUUCAAGACAUGGAGCAGCGGUACAACAAGGCGAUUGAGAGGACAGCGCUGCUUGAGGAAGAGCUGGUGGAGAAGUCGAAAUUGGAGGAGGAAAAUCAAAGGCUGAAAGAUGAGCUGAGAGAGCUCAACGAGGAAGUCGCGGUGCUCCGCGACACAAUGACCAAUCAGACAAUCUCACGUACCAACACGCCGGCAGAGAUCUCGUCAUCCAACGGGCGCAACUCUGUCGAUGACCUUCGGGUCGACGAUUUGGUGCUCAAAUCGCGCCCACGCUCACGGACACAGGGCGGCUUGGUCCGUCCGUCGUCACGGACAGCUACCUACUCGCCGCCGUCGAGAACUACGCAGCUGCCGCCCAUCGCCCAGUCAGCAAGCUCAAGCACGCGAGCCCCAAUGCUGGCGAGCCGCGCCUCCAUCUCAUCCCACGCUCGUCACCGAUCGAAGGAUGUGACUACAGACGAGGUGGCUGCAGCCACUUCGAUGGCGGAGAAGUCGUCUUCUGGCCUGCGAGCUCGUCAAUCGAUCGGCGGCCGGGUGCCGGCGCGGACGCCUCGGUACACUACAACGCCAGGAGCCCGGGUACAACCAGGAAGCAGCAUGAAGAUGAUGGCCGACAUGUUUAGCCGAAUGCGCGCCCUGGAGACGCGCAUCAAUUCAGCAAGGACCCUCUCAUCGCUGCCGCCAGCAGAAGAGAGCGCGAUUCCAAGACCAUCUUCGCGCCUGUCGAACAGCAUUGGACAGGGUGGGGGCCAAUACACGCCCAGACGGAGCGUCGACGGCGGCGGGCGCGCCGACACACCGAGCUCAAUCCCGGUUCCAUCCUCAGGCCUGUCCAAGUCCAUGUCGUCGAGGGUCAGGCCGUCCUCUCGGCUGUCGAUGGCCAACAACGCGGGCAGCAGCGACCAGACAACGAGCAGCAGCAUGGCCUACCGCGAGCUGGGCAGCCGGCAUCCGACGCGGUCGCGCACACCAACGGCCGAAAUGAGCGGGAAUGUCAAUUUGGACUUCCUCGAGCACGACCCGAAACUGUACAAGCGCAUGAGUGGCACUGCCCUGGGCACCGGAAGUGGGGCCGCCAACCGACCGCGACCUUCAACGAGCGGGGCGGGCCAGCAACAUAACAACACUGCGACAAUGUCGCUCAAGCAGGCCGCCUCGAAUGCAACAACGAUGGGCAUCCGGCGCGAUGUGCCGCCAAACUCGUGGCGAGGCCUGGCCAGCACCAACAGCCGUCCGAGGAGCGGCUCGACGGGAUCUCGUUGAAAGAGCUUGCUCGCUCCGGGCCCUGUCUCUCCCAACGGAUUCGUCUCUUCGUUUCCCCUCUCUCUCAUUCUCAUUUUCCCGUUUUUGUUGUUGUUGUUGUACCGUGUACAUUAAUUGGCUAUCCAAGACUUGAAAAGGGCGCGGUGCCAUCAAGCC